AUGAGCCAGGAGAGAAACCGAGAGAGCCUCGGCUCGUGCAAGCUGCCGCUCCCCGCCGCGGGUGAGAAGAAGGACGAGUGGUUGCAGGUCGAGGGCGCGGCAGAGGAGGUCGGGGAUGGCGAGCCCCCGCACCUGCACGUAGCCGUGGAGGUGAGAUCAGAUGCUGCGACCGGGCCGAUGACUGAACCUGAAGCCGACGCCAAGAAAAUUGCCAAGCCAGCAGCCGAGGACGUGAUGGCAAAAGCCGAGCAGGGCGUUCCCAGCUCGCCUGUAAGUUCUGCGCCCACGACACCUGUUCCAAGCGGCAUGCACGUCCCUAGAGCGACGGCCGACCGGGUGUUGAUGCGGAGGGGGAACAAGGAGUUCGGAAGAACCGCGCUGAACCCACAUGUCGUGUUGGCCCUGAAGAGCAGGGCCGCGGCUACGUGCCGCUUCUGCGGGAACAGCUCGAUGGAUGGCUGCUUCGGGCGCUACUGUCACUGGGAAAUCCCGGGCAAGAGGGCCGAAUACAAGCGGGUCCCAAGAAGUGCAUGGGCGUGA